CGACGAUGCGGACGAUGCGCCGACGCCGCCUCGGCGGUCAUCGCCUAUGAAAGCGCCGGGCGGUGGUGUCUUUACCGGCAAGGAAUUUCGGCAAGAGAGUGAGCGGGCGCGCAAGCAGCAAGGCGCGCUCUUCGAGGACGAAGCGCUCAUGGGCAAGCAAGCCGAGACGGUCUACCGUGACAAGCGCGGGCGCAAGCUGGAUAUGCUCAUGGAGAUGGAGCGGCAGCGCGAGAUCCAAGAAGGCAAGCGCAAACGUGAGGCCCUCGAGGAGUACGAGUGGGGCACGGGCAAGGUUCGAAAGGAAGAGCUCAAGAACCAGCGCGAACAGCUCGAAGAGAUCAAGGCCAAGCCCUUUGCACGCUACAAGGAUGAUGGCGAGCUCGACGCGGCGCUCAAGCACCGCCCGCGCAACUUUGAUCCGAUGGAGUCGUCGCUCUUCAAGGACGACGCCAAGGAGCUUCUGGAGAAGGCGUCGAAAAAGUCCAAGAAGAGCAAGCCGCGCUACUCGGGCCCGUCGGCGCCCCCGAACCGCUUCAACAUCCCGCCGGGCUACCGCUGGGAUGGCGUUGUGCGCGGCAACAACUGGGAAGAGAAGGUGCUCUUGCGCCAGAACAAGAGUCAAGCCGACAAGGCCGACGCGUACCAGAACGCGACUGCCGACAUGUAGUAGGCAUCUAUCAACUUGACUUUAUAUAAAUGCUAUUGCGCC